AUGGCAAUAUUUGGUUAUUCUCCUUCGUAUGGUUCUGAUCAAAAUGCUGCCUUAUGGCGCAUCCUACAUUGUAUAUUUACACUUGUGCAUAUUGCGUUCUCAACACCUCCCGAAGAUCCCGUCAAAUGUGUAUCAACAAACGCGGAUUGUACGAUCACAAACUCAUACGGAGCCUUCCCCGACCGGUCCACAUGUCGAGCCGCCAAUGUGGCGUACCCAACAACCCCAGCCGAGCUUGUUUCUAUCGUGGCUACAGCCACUAGAUCCGGACGGAAAAUGCGUGUGACCACGCGCUACUCACAUAGUAUGCCAAAGCUCCUGUGCACCGAUGGUAGGGAUGGGCUACUCAUAAGCACAAAUUUUCUAAACCGCACGGUGAGGACCGUGAGGUCCAUAGCAAAAGCCAUGACCUUAAUGGUUGAGAGCGGCGUGAUGCUUAGGCAAUUAAUUGAUGAAGCCGCUAAGGUUGGAUUGGCAUUGCCUAAUGCACCGUAUUGGUGGGGAUUGACCGUGGGUGGCAUGAUGGGAACCAGAGCUCAUGGGAGCUCAUUGUGGGGUAAAGGAAGUGCGGUCCAUGAUUAUGUGACCGAGAUCAUGAUGGUUAGUCCUGGCUCCGUCAACGAUGGGUUUGCAAAGGUUAGAGUUUUAAGCGAGACCGCGACUCCUGACGAGUUUAACGCGGCCAAGGUUUCUCUUGGUGUUCUUGGGGUUAUUUCUCAGGUUGAUUAG